CGGUGAGCAUCGGUUUUGAGUACACAAGUAGAAAUGGCGGAGAAUGUAGACAUAGAAAGAGAGAAUUUACAAGUGGCAAUAGAGCAGGUAUUAAGCCAUGAAAAUCUAGAGACGGACGUUCCAGAUCAAUCGGAAAACGACAAAAAAUCGUACAAGUCCAUUUUGCUCCAGAAUGGCCUGAAAGCCUUGAUCGUUUCGGACCCUGAUCCAGUGAGCACGGGGGACUCUGUGGGCUACAAAACGGCCGCCCUUGCCCUGACGGUCGACUGUGGUUCGUUCAAAGAUCCGCAGAAUUAUCGCGGUCUGACGCACGUUUUGGAGCAUCUGCUCCACAUGGACGGCAUCUUCACGUCGCAUGUGAAGCAAUGUGGGGGCUUCAGCAACGUCAGAGCUGAUUGCGAGGAGACGAUGUUCUACUUUGAGGUGCCCGAGCUGCACCUAACCUCGACUCUGUUGCACCUGACGGCCCUGCUGAUCAAGCAGGAUGUCCUAGAGCGCGAGAGGCUGCCGAUCAUAGCGGAUCUGCGGCAAGAGGUCGAGGACUACAAGGCGCAGCGGAAUCUGCUGCUGGCCAGCCUGGCCGCCGACAACUAUCCGCAUGGGCUGUACGACUGGGACAAUUUGGCCGAGCUCAAGGAGAAGGAUCCCGAGGAUGCCCUCGCAGCGAUGAUCCAACAGCUGCGACGCGACAAUUAUGCGGCCAAUCACAUGCACGUAUGCCUGCAGGCAAGCCUCUCCCUCAAGGAGCUGGAGCAGAUGAUCUGCCGCCACUUUGGUGUGAUACCAAGCAACGGCAUGGCGUCGGUAAAUCUUACACGGUUCGAUUAUCGCACCGCCUUCCGUCCGGAGUUUCACGAGAAUGUGUUCUACGUGACUUCCUCGGAUGGCGGAUGUCGGCUGGACCUGACAUGGCUGCUGCCCAGUGUCCGGCAGUAUUACCGCAGCAAGCCGGAGGCGUUCCUGGCCUAUUUGCUCAGCCAGGAGGGUCCUGGCAGUCUCUGUGUGUACCUGCGGCAUCGCCGUUGGUCGGUCCAUCUGCUGGCUGGCGUCGAUGAUAAUGGCUUCGAUCUCAACUCCAUCUAUUCGCUGUUCAAGCUGUCGAUCCACCUCACCGACGAGGGGUACAAGCACAUCGAUGGGGUGCUGGCCGCGACCUUUGCCUAUAUAAAGCUCAUCGCUGCCUCGGACGCGGCGGUACUGCGGCCUUUGUAUGACAAACAGCAGUUGAUUGAGGAGGCCAGAUUCCGUUUCCAGACCCAUCGUGCGGCCCUCUAUAACGUACAGGAUCUGGUGCUGUCCAGCAAAUAUUAUCCGGGUAAGGAUGUGCUCACCGCCAGGGGCCUCUACUACGAAUACAGCGACCAGCACAUGUCCGAAAUGAUUGGAUUUGUGAACAAAAUGGACUUCAAUAUGGUGAUUACUUCGGGGGAUACGUACGUGGGCGACAGCCCCAGCCCCAUGCCCGACCAAUGGAAGAAAUUGUGGCACGAAUUCAAUCCCAUCGAGGAGCUGUGCCUGCCAGAACCCAAUGCCUUUGUUGCCGAGGAUUUUAGGAUAUUUUGGCUGGAACUGGGCAAACCGGACCUACCGCCGUGCCCCAAGAGGCUGAUGAAGACAAAAAUCUGCGAGCUGUGGUAUCGUCUGGACGACAAAUUCGGGGAGCCCAAGGCCAGUAUGUCGUUCUAUUUCAUUUCGCCGCUGCAGCGUCAGAGUGCCAGGAAAGGUGCCAUGUGCUCUUUGUACGUUGAGCUAGUGGAGGUCCAUGUACUUGAGCAGCUCUAUGCGGCUGCCACUGCGGGCAUAAGCUAUGGCUUCACUGUCGGGGAAAAGGGUCUUGUGCUCAAGGUGCGGGGCUACAACGAGAAGCUCCAUCUGGUGGUGGAGGCCAUUGCCCAGGCGAUCGUGAGUGUGGCCGACAGUCUCGAGGAGUCCAUCCUAAAUAACUAUCGCGACAAUCUCCGGGAGCUCUAUUUUUAUGAGUUGAUCAAGUCGCCGUUACUUUGUAGGGACAUUCGCGCAUGUGUGAUUGAGGAGUCUCAUUGGCUGACCAUCGACAAGUACAAGAGCAUCAAUGGCAUCACUUUGGAGGAAUUCAAGGCCUUUGCUCAACGGUUCCCUCAGGAGCUGUACAUUCAGGCCCUCAUUGAGGGCAACUACACGGAGCUGUCCGCCUGCAGUUUGUUAAAUACGGUGAUCAGUCGCCUCCAAUGUCGGGCCAUUUCAGAGCCCCAAUUGCUGGAGGACAGUGUGAAGGAAUUGCCACAAGGUGGCCACUGCAUUCUCUGUAAUGCCCUCAACGAUCGCGAUGCCAACACGGUGAUCAUGAACUACUAUCAAAUCGGACCGAAUACGAUCCGAGUGCAGAGCAUCCUCGAUCUGAUGAUGCAAAUCCUUGAGGACCCCAUCUAUGAAUAUCUGUGCACACAGGAGAAACUGUGCUACGAGGUAUACGCCAGAGUACGGCUCUAUUAUGGCAUUGUUGGGUACUCCAUUACUGCCUCGUCGCAUCAAACGAAAAAGGGAGCCAAGAAUUUGGAGCGGGGCAUCGAUCAAUUCCACCACGCGAUGCUACAGAUCCUCAACAAAAUGCGCGACGAUGAGUUUUUGCGCUCCAAGGAGAAACUCAUUCAGGCGAAGCUCGCCCCUGACGAGAACCUGGCCAUGGAAUCGGAUCGCCAUUGGGAGGAGAUUAUCAAUGGGGAUUUUCUGUUCGAUCGGAAUCAACAACAGGCCGAUGCCUUGCACAAUAUCACCAAAGAGGAGAUGAUUAGCUUCAUGGUAGACACGGAUGCCGCACAUUGUCGCAAACUUUCGAUUCAGGUGAUUGGAAAUCCACCCACCGAAUGGGCCUACGACUGGGCUUCGGAAAGAACGAAUUACAGCAGCGACGUCUUCCUCGAGACCCAUCAGACGCCGAGCUCUGUUUCCGUUUCAGACGAUCAAUUCGCCGAUGGGAGUGAGAAUGGGGAUGAGAAGUCCACAUCAUUCAGUUGGGAAGAAAGUCUGUACGAGGAUCUGGGCAGUCGACUGAACCUUGUACUUCUCCCCAGAGAUGGCGACGAUAUGCACACCAUUGUGGAUAUUGAUGAAUUCAAGACGAGCCUCGACACGUACCCACGCAAGUCGAUCAGGUUCCAAAAUGCCCCGCUUACAGAUUUCAAAUGA